AUGUUUCAACACAAAGACUCGGAAGCUUCGAAGCUACUUUGUGAGAUGCAUCGUGAGUGGGGUUUGAGGUUCAAUAAGACCCAGCAGUAUGAAGCAGCAGUAGCUGCGUUUGAGAGAUCACGAGAAGAGGCCGGCGAUGAUGAUCCAAGAACCCUUUUGGGCUUAGCCGAGGCAUUAGUUAACUUGAUGAGGUACUCUCAGGCAGAUAUUAUCUCGGAAAAAUGCUUACAGAUGGCACCGAAGAAUUAUCUCGCCAAGUGGAUGAGGAUAGAAACAUUGUACAGGAUUGGAGAAUUUUCAAAAAGUUUGAUACUAGCUUAUCAGGCAGGACACUCGUGUCGCUAUCCAUUCGAGGAUGCAAUUCAUCGUGCUAAUGAGACUGUCGAGGAUUGCCUGGGUUAUAAUACGCUGAAGGAUAUUUUGGUGGCUUUACUUCCUUGGAUGAAGAAGUUGGAGAAGCGGCGCAACGACCUGAUAUCUAAGUUGUCGGAACUCAAGGAUGAGUUUGAGGGUAUAGAUCAAGAUCAUUCACGAUUUCCAGCUAAUGAUCCAGUUUACCAACGCGAGUAUCGUAAUAAAAAAUUCAAUGACAUGUUAACACGCAGGUAUCUUGAGCCACUGGCAGUUGAUAAGUUUUUCGUUGAGAAUUUAUUUAAAAAUCCGGGAUUUAAAACGGCGAAUAAAGAGGCGAGCCAGAGGUUACUUACUCUGGCACAAGAGCUCGUGACAGGAUCAAAUAAAGUAAUCGAGGUUAAUCGUCUUCGAAAGCCACUUUACGUCUAUUACUUUAGAAACAGGAUUAUACCAUCUUCUUUGAAACGCGCAAAUCUAAAAGAUAAACAACUGCGUAAAGAUAAUAUUGUUAUCGAGGCUAAUUCACUGCUGAUGAGGCUUCACAAAGCACGCGUUCAACGUGACUAUAAAAGUUUUUUUAUGUACGUUGAUAGAGUUAAAAAUAAAUUUGAUUCGUAUAAAGAAUCCAUGUUUCCGAUGAAAAAAAAAUGUUUGGAUGAGUUAUACAGAAUAAUAUCACGAGCAUACAUUGAUGCAAGAGACGUGACAAGUAUUAAAGAUGAGAAUGAAAAGAUAAGAUACUUAAAACAUCAUCUUGGUUUGCGCGAAAGCACGUUCCCAACGGACAGCGAUCUCGGCUGGGUACCAUACAGUCUUCAAAGCCGGAAAAAAGCCCCAGAAGUGUUCAGAAAACGUCUGGCCAUGGCAUCUGAGCCACUGGAGCUUGCGUGGUUGUUUCAUGAAUUUGCUAAGCUUCAUGUUGACAUGCGACUUCUUGAUGCCGGUCGUUAUUACGCGAAAAGGUCACGAGACAUGGGCUUGCAAGCGCAAGACGACAGAUGGGUAUUAAAUGCUAAUCACUUGCUCAUGAAAAUUGAAAUUCAUUCGAGGAAUAAAAAUGAAGCUCGCGAUGCUGCACUCCUGGCUUAUUGGUGUGCGAAAAAAAUAGGCCUGGAUUAUUUAGUGGACUUUUACAGGCGGUUGGUUGCAUUCAUCGAAGGUGCUGAUGUUGAUAAGUUUUUUGGUGUCGAUGGUAUUGCGAUGAGAGAACGUUUGAUGGUUAAAUUAAUGCCGGGAAAAUUUAAACGAGAUAUGGAUCUGUUAUUGCAACGAAUUAAUUUUAUACCGGCUAAACGUAGAUUGUCUGUAAUGCCUGGAUGUAAGCCCAGGGAUCAUAAUUUCAAAAUGCCCUGCAGGAGACAUUCGAUAUUGCAGCAACGCCAGCAACAAUAUGGUGAAAGCUUUUCCUGUAAUCGAAACCGAGAAAUGGAAAUGAGACACGAUUCACUGCGACAGUCUGCUCCUUCACGUCAUAUUCUUGGUUGGAUGGACUUUGAAGAUUAUCUGUAG